GAACCAAAAUUAAAAAAUUAAUUUCCACUCAAAAAGUAAAGAUAGAUUAGAUUAGAUCAUUUUUGUAUUAGAUGAAAUUCCCUUUGCUUUGUCUAAUCACCCCUUUCCCAAAUGUCAACCAUAUUCCGGUAUAUAAGUACCAUAUUCCCUAGUGUACCAAAAUGGUCCAAUAUUUUCUACACUUCUCUAUUUUUAAGUGUCUAAAAACUCACAUUGAAAAAACUUGUACAUCAAACCAAAGUGAAAUAUUAAUCAAAAGACUAGAAGUUGUGCAACAUGGGAGAAGAGUUCCAAGGCGGUGUUUGUGGCGGCACGUGGUGGAAUCCACCACAUAAUUUAUUCUCUAGUGGAUUAUCAUCACCGUGCUCAGUUGCUCAGCUUGGUGGCGCCGGCUUUGACGUGGGCAGCUUUGGUUGGCCAAAUGAAUUAGUUGUAAAGGGCAGCAAUAAUAACAAGUCUAGUAACAAUAAUAAUUCAGUUUUUGACAACUUAAUAUUUUCUGAUCAACUUGAUUCUUCCCUUGAUAUUUUAGGCUUUGGCCUCUCACCCACUUCUUCAACUACUGACUGGAAUAAUCAUCAAAACUUGCUUUGUAACAAUAAUGGAAGCAACGAGGCAAACUUUGAUUCAAUGUUACAAGAUAAUAUGAAUAGUACAAGUUUAUGUAAUUCCUAUGAAAUGGGAGUAAAUUCACCAAAUAUUAUGAAUACAACCAACUUUUGUAACAACACCCAAGAUGCAUCACCACCCUUUACUUUGACAGCCUCUAGCAAUAACUCCGGCGACUCGAGUACAAUCACCUGCGACGGCAGCCUCGCUACGAGCUUUCCGAUGAACUCUUCAGCUUCUUACUUGAUCCAAUCUUUGUUUGAUGAUUCUGAUGAAUCUCAUCAAGUACCUCAACCACAAUCCAUGCCUCAUCAUCAAUUUAUCAACUCAUCAAAUAAUAAUUAUGCUUCUUUGGAUUCAAGUAAUGAAAUUAUGUCAUCUAAUUCUUGGGUUAAAACUAGUCCUAAUAACACUACUUCUACUCUUCCUUCUCCUCAAAUACCUUUACUACAAAGUAACAAGAUCGAUGGAGGGAUGAACGCGUCGUUGAUCAAUGAUCAAGGACAAGUGUUUAGUGGUCAAUACUCUCCUACAACUCUUAGUAGCAUUCGAGCUAGCUUGUUGAACUCCUUACAAUCACGAGCUCGAGGCCCUUCUUCUUUCAAAUACAAAUCACACUCGUCUAAUACCAAGGGUAAUAGUGAGGAACAUCGUCGUGAGUCUAAGAACAAUACUAGUAACAAUGAUCAACCACAAGCUAAGAGGCCGCGAAUUGAGACUCCAUCUCCCUUGCCAACAUUUAAGGUUCGUAAGGAGAAGCUAGGGGAUCGUAUAACUGCUCUCCAACAACUAGUUUCGCCUUUUGGGAAGACUGAUACUGCAUCGGUUCUACACGAAGCAAUCGAAUACAUCAAGUUUCUCCAUGAUCAAGUUAACGUUUUAAGCACUCCAUAUUUGAAAAAUGGAACUGCAAUGCAACAAAAGGAGGGUGACAAAUCGAAGGAUAAUGAAGAUUCAAAUCAAGAUUUAAGAAGUAGAGGCUUAUGUCUUGUACCUAUUUCAAGCACCUACCCAGUUGCCCAAGAGACCCCAGUCGAUUUUUGGACACCUACAUUCGGAGGAACAACGACAUUCAUGUAGCUUAUGGUACAUAGGUGAUGAUGAACUCGAUACCCUUUUCAACCACAAUUUUCCAAAGCCAAAUAUUAUUUACAAUAUCGAGAUAUCCUAUUUUACUACCUUCGUCUAGAAUCAGUUGUUACAUAAAUUGUUUAAAUCAUACUAACAGCGUUACAAUCAAUUUUAGACGGAGAGAGUAAAAUAUAAACCCAUACUCGAUCUAAAAAAAUAAAAAAAGGACCAUCAUAUAUUUUUAUGGUAUGGUAUGGCAGUUGCCACAUAUUGCUUUAGGUUGAACAAUUCUUGGAUCAAAGUAUGUGGUAAAGUGGAGGAAAAAAGGGGGGAAAAAAAGAUAAAAAGAGGGGGGAAAAGAAAAAAGGAAGGGACCCUUUCAAAAGAUAUGACAGACAAAUGUUUGGUCCACUAUUACAGAUUUACAGGAAUAAUGAUGUAGUAGGGCACAACAAAAUAGUUAGGGACAAUUGUGGUUUUUCAUCUUUAUUAUUUUUUUUUAUUUUUAACGUUGAUUAAUUAAGUAUUUGUUGUAAUAAUAGAAGGGUUAGGAGCAGGAACAAGUGCUAAAUUUAGCUGGAACUUUUUCAGAUUAAUUAGAGUUUUUAGGGUGAAAAGAUUAUUGUACGUUAUUGUUAAUUAGAGAUUAGGCUAAAUUUAGCAUAAUAUGUUCCUGCUUCUUGCUAUAUUCAUGUAUGUAAAAGGAAUAUUUUUCAGUA